GUCAUAAGUUGCACAGUCUCUCCUUAGUUGAGAGUACAACUUUCAAUUUUGUCAUUGGACAUUGUGGUAUUGAGUUUCUUCAAGCUGAAGUAGUUGCAGUUAGAUCAGCAAGGAGAACAGCAUCAACACUACAGCGUAGGCAAAUGUGAUUAUAGAAACCAAUAUUGCUAAACUAUCUGAUGCACGCCCACAUGAUAUAGUUCUAGACUUCUAGUACCUCUUCACAAAUUGGAAAAUAUAUAGUAUAGAUAUAGAUAUUGAAACAUCAUACCAUAGUUUUGUUAUUUCGGAAUUAAGAAAACUGAAAAACUAAUUAUGCUGUUAUAAUUAAAAUGGAACUACACCAUUGGUUGUAUCCGUUUGCUCCCUCGUAUCAAUCACAUUGUUGAGAAGAUGUGGGGUUAACUUCUGGUCGUGAUCACACAGCCUUAAAAACAAAACAAGGGCAGAGCGAAGGCAGCGGUGGAGCAACUGUCUGAACCAUGACACGUUGCACUGAGACCCAGUCACAGAUUGUGGAAACUGGAAAGAUUCCUCUGGUUGGGCCACCGGUCACGUACAAAGGAUAUGCUUGUUGUGUUGUGCUUGUCAAAUUUUUAUAUUAUUGCAUCACAAUCCAGACGAAGUUAAAGAAAGCUUUCGUUUCGAUUUGUCUCGAAUAGCUCUUUUGUUGCAAUGGAGGACACAAUGGGACUUCUCAGAAUCAGGGUGCAAAGAGGCAUCAAUCUUACUGUUCGUGAUACCUUUAGCAGUGAUCCUUAUGUUGUCAUCACCAUGGGUCAACAGAAAUUGAAGACCCGUGUGGUGAAAAAGAACUGCAAUCCCGAGUGGAACGAUGAAUUGACACUUGCAAUCAAAGAACCUAAUGUUCCAAUCAAUUUAACCGUGUAUGACAAAGACACGUUUACUGUGGAUGAUCAAAUGGGCAAUGCAGAGAUAGACAUUAAACCAUAUAUAGCAGCCUUGAAGAUGGGGAAGGGUUUGAAAAAUCUCUCAAAUGGUUGUGCACUCAAAAAAAUACAGCCAGGCAGGACUAACUGCCUUGCUGAUGAGAGCAGCGUCUUAUGGAACAAUGGGAAGAUCACCCAAGACAUGCAUCUCAAACUCAGAAAUGUUGAGUGUGGGGAAGUGUUAAUCCAACUGGAGUGGAUUGAAGUUCCUGGAUGUAAGGGUUUGGAAAGUGAAGGUAUGGAUUAAGUAUAUCUUUGUUGCUACUUGAUUUGUAAUUUACGUAUGGGUCUCACUCUUCAUGUUCUGUGCUUGAAAUGAGUAUCGGUAUUGUUCUGUAUUUCAUAAACAGAAACCGAACUGUAAUCUUGUUUUAAUAACAUAAUAUAUAAUUCAGUAAAACUGGCUGGAGUUACUUCAAUUUGGUUGGAUGUUGACUUGUUGCAGUAUGAGAUGAACUGACUGGCCCUGUUAUAUU